AUGGCUCGAUCUCUGGCCUCACUAUCACUGGCUGUCAGACAAACACUUCGCUCAACAACUCGUCCAUCACUUCACCACUCAAUCAACUAUUGUCUCGCUUUCAUUGCAGUCACCAUUGGAUCCAUUUAUUGCAUCAAAUCAUAUGACGCAACGAAGAAGAAGAAGUUUCAUCAGUACUUUGAACGCGAAGAUUGUCUCAAUAAAAGACACCAUUUGUUGCAAUCGUUUAAUAAGUGUUUAACGCCUUUAUUGUCACCGUUUGUGUCCAUAAGAAGAGCCCAUCUUUUCUUGAAAAGCGAUGUCAAAGAGGAGACGGAUUCGUUGUCGGCGUCCAAGAGAUUCAAUUUCAUCGCUGAUGUGACCGAAAGAGUGUCUUCGGCUCUGGUCUACAUCGAAGUGCAGGGAAGACAUCCCUUCUAUCCGGAGCUGACUGUCUCUGUGUCGAGCGGAUCCGGAUUUCUGGUCCACUCGUCGGGUCUCGUACUGACCAACGCUCACGUCGUGGCCAACGCUUCCGUAGUUUCGGUGAAACUAUUUGACGGCCGAAUAGUGUCGGGUCGGGUCGAGUACGUCGACCACAGACUCGAUUUGGCAACAGUUAGGCUCGAGACCAGUGCCGAGACGUUUCCGUAUAUAAACUUCGGUGACUCUUACAACUGUCGGACGGGUGAAUGGGUGAUAGCGAUGGGCAGUCCCUUCUCCUUAAGCAACACAAUAACGGUUGGAGUGAUAUCUUCUGUGCGGCGAAAGUCACGCGAAUUAGGCUUGAAUUUAAAGGAAAUUGAUUUCAUCCAAACCGAUGCGUCCAUAAAUGCGGGCAAUUCUGGCGGACCUCUGGUUAAUUUGGACGGCGAGGCCAUCGGCAUCAACACCAUGAAAGUGACGGCCGGCAUAUCGUUCGCCAUUCCCAGCAAUUAUGCCAAAGGUUUUCAUUGA